AUGGCUCAGGGAAGAUGCAUGGCCGUUCUCGUCGCUCUUGUGACCUUCGCAGCGGUGUGCGAGGCUCAAGACCACAGCACCCCAUGGAACUUGUCUAUGAAGAAGGAAGACUACAAAGCUUGGGCCGCGACGCAAACUUUCCUGACGGGACAAACUCUGCGUAAGCUCAAUUCGAAUCGAUCAAUUCACAUGAUAUCGAUCUCUUACUUUUUUUUUCUUGGAACUCUGUUUCUAGAGUUUAAAUACGAGUCGGGACACAGUCUGCUGGCGCUUGCAACCCAGGAGGCGUACAACAACUGCGAUCUCAGCAAUCCCGUCAAGACUUUCACAGAGCCAAACCCGAUCGUCACUCUCGGAGCUCCAGGCAAGAAGUUCUACGUUUGUGGGGUUGGGAACCACUGCAACGCGGGAAUGAAAGUUAUCAUCAACGUUGUCUCCAGCGCCGAUGCUGCCGCUCCUCCCGCGGAACCUCCACAGAAAGGAGCGGCGGGCAAUCUCGUCUCCUCCAGCGCCUUCGUCGUGGCCCUUGGAGCUGUGGCCGCCGCCGCCGCGGUGCUCUAG